AUGGCUGAACCAACCCUUGACGGUCUUCCCGUUGAGCUCAAGAUUAUCAUUUUAUCCCAAAUUGACGACAGGGAUACGCUCAGAUGCCUCGUCCAUGCAUCGCCCGCUUACCACCAGGCAUACCUCACAGCGAGACACCAGCUGCUGAGGUCCCUCGUGGAACGCCAGUAUGAUGGAUUUCUCGACCUGGCAGAGGCUCUCACGGCCAUACGGUCGAAAGGUGUGCUCUAUGGCUUCCAGGACGAGAAAGUAAUUUACCUGCUGGAUAACUGGCGCCGCAGGGAUGAGAUCCGUCAGCUCAGCCCACCAUCGUCGAGUCGACAUCAGCUCGACCAGCCGGAUGGUCUAGAGGAGAUCAUCAAGCUGCUUCAAUUCCAUAAAAUGCUGUGCUUCUUCAUCGAGGACUUCUCAACCAACGACCAACGCCCCCCGUGGAUCCAGCCUGUUCAAUGGGAACGCGAACACCUGCCGCUCCACUUGUCACCUGCCGAAAAGCACCGUUUCCUCAGAGCGAUUUGCCGACUGCAGAUUCUGCAGAAUAUCUUCGGGGACCCAAUCCUGUGCUCGGACCCGGACUGUCCUUGCUCCAACAUGCACAACUGGCAAGUCCUGGAAUUGGACCGUGCAGUCGGCACCGAGGGGAUUCGAAAAAAUGCAUACCGGCUAUUCUACGGCCCCCUGUCCCUCUGGGAAAUUGACGAAAUGGGCAGCGUAUUCGGAUACCUCUAUUCCAAGAUCAUGGGCAUCUCCGCAGAGGUAGAGGACGACCUGCGACAACUCUGCAAGAACACCCCCUCCGGUAUGUUCUGCGACAUUAUCCCUAAAGAGCAGCGCCCCCCUGCUUGCGAACUCGAAGCCGACUGCAACCUCGAUCGCCUGAGCAACCAUUUCACGGGAUUGGCGGGCCUCGGGCCAGAAUUUCUCUAUCGCCUUCUCCAUCUGGAUCAACUCUCGCGACGGAAUCACUUCUGCGAAAAUGCUAGGAGCUUCUGGCCCGGCCCGUUUAUCGGAUAUAGCAAUGGCAUGUCGCGAGAUGCCGAGUUCCCGUUUGUCGAUCCAGCGGAUCGUCUUGAGGCUUCGGGUUUCGAACAUUUCUGGUCCACCCUGUCGUCUCUGGAUCAGCCGACGGUGGGGUGGAAGAAGGCAUGGCUGCUGCCUCAUACCCCGGAUGAUCCUCUUGAAGACUGUGUCGAUUAUAAUCGCGACCCGGAUAAGGACUGGGAAUGGUGUUAUGCUCUCUGGGAUGAGACGAGAUUGCGGGAGUGGAAGGCACCGUUGGUGGAGGAGGAUGGGCAGUUUAAUACCCCUGGCGCGCAAAUUUCUAAUUAA